UUGUGGUGUGCGCGAGAGGAACGGACAGGAUGCACGAGGAGACAGUGGGGCUGAUAAAAGGAUAAAACAACUGAGAAACAUCAAGCUAGCGCAACGCUACAUAUGAGAAAUAAACGUUAGCUCACUACAUUACGGGAAUUCACAAAAACGUAGCGCCUAUGAAGACAGCACGGGGCUAAUACAAAGCGUUAUAAACACAAAUACCACCAACACGUAGAGCUAUCUGAGUACAACACUUCAGGCAAUUGUCGGAUAGCUCAGCAGUCUUUCUGUCCAAGUUCUCCUCUCCACUCCGGCUGAUGUGGACUGAUUCAGAGCUGGGCCAUCAUGAUGCCAGUGAACUUUCUGGUCACUCAUUGGCUGACCAACUUAAUACCAGCAGCAUCAUGUCGGUGAACCCUCCAAGCAGCAAUGAUGCCUGCCUCAGCAUCGUUCACAGCCUCAUGUGCCACCGGCAGGGCGGAGAGAACGAGGGCUUCGCCAAGCGGGCCAUUGAGAGCCUGGUGAAGAAGCUGAAGGAGAAGAAGGACGAGCUGGACUCGCUCAUCACUGCCAUCACCACCAAUGGAGUCCAUCCCAGCAAGUGUGUCACCAUCCAGAGGACACUGGACGGACGGCUGCAGGUGGCGGGGAGGAAAGGUUUCCCUCAUGUGAUUUAUGCACGGCUGUGGCGCUGGCCCGACCUCCACAAAAAUGAACUCAAGCAUGUCAAGUUCUGCCAGUACGCCUUUGACCUGAAGUACGACAAUGUGUGCGUCAACCCCUACCAUUAUGAGAGGGUGGUGUCACCAGGCAUCGUUGGUCUCAGCCUUCAAAACACUGCACCAGGCGGCCUGAUCAAAGAAGAAUACAUCCAUGACUGUAUACAGAUGGACCUCCCACCUGGCAUGCCCCUGUCUGACCACCAAGCGGCCCUGAAGCUGCCUCCUCCAGACCACUACGGCCAGCCCUUGCCUCCCCCGCAACUGUCUUCUGAACCCCACGGACCCCCACCUGUCACCAGAUACACUAACCUGCCUGUCUCACCCAAAGUGUCCGCCUCUGGCGCCAUGCUGCCACUGCAGGGCGCUCACGGGGAUGGCCGUCUCCAAACCGCAUCUCCGCAGGCUCAAGUCAUGACGCCGGCACCGCGACCUCCGACCCCAACCCAAACCACUACUCAGCAACAGGCUGCCCAGCAACCCUCACAACCCCCCCACCCACAGCAACCGUCCCUACCUCCUUCUCACUCGCACGGACAGAACGGAUACAGCAGCAAUAAACACUCCCAGAGCCAGGCGGCCUUCCACACAGUUUGGACAGGCAGCAGCACAGCCUCUUACACUCCCAUAGGACCCCAGCAGAACGGGCGUGGUCACCAACAACCUCCCCUGCAUCAUCCAAACCACCACUGGUCUCAGCAUCAUGGCCCAACCUCUUUCCCUCCUUCUGUGUCCAAUCACCCAGGACCAGAGUUUUGGUGCUCUAUCUCUUACUUUGAAAUGGACGUUCAGGUGGGUGAGAUGUUCAAGGUGCCCUCCAGCUGCCCCAUAGUAACCGUGGAUGGUUAUGUUGACCCCUCAGGAGGGGACCGCUUCUGCCUCGGCCAGCUGAGUAACGUCCACCGCACAGAUGCCAGCGAGAGAGCCAGGUUACACAUAGGUAAAGGCGUGCAGCUGGAGUGUCGCGGUGAGGGGGACGUGUGGAUGCGCUGUAUGAGCGACCACGCUGUGUUUGUACAGAGCUACUACCUCGACAGGGAGGCAGGCCGAGCACCGGGGGACGCUGUGCACAAGAUCUACCCCGGAGCCUACAUCAAGGUGUUCGACCUGCGGCAGUGUCACAGACAGAUGCAGCAGCAGGCGGCGACGGCUCAGGCGGCGGCUGCUGCACAGGCAGCUGCUGUGGCAGGAAAUAUUCCCGGUCCGGGCAGCGUCGGAGGCAUCGCACCGGCAGUUAGUCUGUCUGCAGCAGCGGGGAUCGGCGUGGAUGACCUGCGGCGACUGUGCAUCCUGCGGCUCAGCUUUGUGAAGGGCUGGGGCCCCGACUAUCCCCGGCAGAGCAUCAAACACACCCCAUGCUGGGUGGAGGUCCAUCUGCACCGCGCUCUGCAGCUUCUGGAUGAGGUGUUGCACACUAUGCCUUUGGCAGACCCAGGGCCUGCAAACUGAGGACCAAGAACCAUGUUCAAAUUCCAAUCUGGAUUCUAUGAAUGUGCACACACAGACACACAUGUUUGGAUGUUUUUUUUGCUUCAGGCCAAAUAUGCUAUCUAAUUGAUACAGAAAGCAAAUCAAUCAAAAUCAUAGAGAAAACGACCAAUAACACAUUAUGCUUGUAACAAUCAAUCACACACCACUCAUGGUGUGUCUCUCACACACACACACACACACACACACACACACACACACACACACACACACACACACACACACGCAUACAUUGUAACCAAAACGUCUGUAGCCACACAGACACAAAAGUGCUGAUGUCUUUGGGAUUUUUCUAUUGCUUUACUCUCUGCAGUCUAAACCCAAACACAAGGGAUCUCUGAAGGUUAAGAUUUUGAGUUUUGGUUCUGAUCAAUUUAGCUUGGUCCUAAAGACAUUUGUAUGCACUGUAGACAUCCAGGGACGUGUUUCAGAAAUCCAGUUCCCCGAUAUGCAAUUUGGAUUUCUUCUAAUCUGCACAUUCACUCAUGGAAUACAUGCAGACAUGUAAAAAAAAUCAUGCAUGAUUCAGCUGCAGAGGCGGCUGAAACACAAGUUAUCCAGGAGUCUGAAACACUCCAGACAUAUAACUGCAUACCUCUGGAACGUGCUGUCAGUAAAUUCCCACUGAACAGUUCUCUUUAUGUCUAAUCGACAACAGAACUGAUGUAUAAGUAUGGAUUAAGGAAACCAGUGUUAUGUCAUCUCUGUGCUUGUACUGUGCUCUUCUUCACUGUAUGUUGAUCUAAACUCAAACUGUUAGCAUUGAUAGCUGGUUAGCCCUCUUAUUAGCUCAGCUCAAGCUAUAUUAUUUUUCUACCAAAAGACUAAAAAGCCAAAAAAAUAUUUAGCUUUAAAGUAUUGUUGUUGUUCUUUGUAAUGAAACAGUGCUACCCUGUAUGUAACCAAAUGGUUGGUGUUAAAUCACCAAAGCCAGAAUACCUCAUAACUACAGUGCAAAGUCACAGUUUUAGUUUCUCCGCCUAAACCGCACACACUUUCUUCAUCAUCUGCAAGGGGUACCAGAAAUAAAAGUAAGUGCUAACAAUGAAGCCCUCUUACGGGACCAUGACCACAACACUCUAUUAGUACACUUUGUAUUAAUUUAGGUUUAUAGUGUACGAUGCUGUAUUGUGUACCGGCAGUACCGGGUACCUUGAGUGAUAUGUGUUAUUACUGUGGAACAGUAGUUAUACUGUAAAACUUCAAUUAAACACUGAGCCCCAAUUAAAUGCAAAAUCCCUUUGACUGUCCGGGUGUGGCUACACGUUUUGACCAAUGAACACUGGUCUCAAUUAGACGUCAGGUCUGGUUUUUAUCAAAGUUCUUUGGAUGUGUAACACAUCUUAAAGCCCACCAGUACGCUCGCUUGAGCAGUUCUAAGCAUUGACAGUUUAUAAUGGACAGAGCUUCCAUGUCUGUGAAGUGAAGCCAACAUGGAAGUGUCUGCAUUCUAUGUAAAGGCCAGCAGGGGGAGCUCCAUUGGCUCCAAUAAAAAACUAUACCAUGACACCAGUCUUAUGGAGAAAAUUACUCUGCUUCUGGCUUGAUUUAUGAGCUCAGUAAACAGUUUCAGUCUUCUUCCAUACAGCAUGAUGUUCAUAUAGUAAAUUAUUUCCCAUCUAGAGUAAAAUAGACCUCGUAUCUGCUGACUUCGUUAAAACAAAGACAUAAACAAAAUUUUAUCUUCUUUCUGCAUCAUGUUGUCGCAUAUGCUUGUUUUCACAAAUAAUAUUCAUACUGGGCCUGUCCCAUAUAGAUGCCUGUUCCAAAUAUAGGAACUAGGAGUAGGAGUACAGGAGUUUAGUGAUUGAAGCAAAUCAAAGCUGGGCUAUUAACUGAAGUUUUACAGUACUCUACAGUCUUACAGCAGAAAGAGGUUUGUAGCUAGAGCUUGUAAUGGUUAAUGAAAAACACCAGCAGCUCCAGAAACAGAAACCUGUGACCAAUAAUCAGGCUCCUACCUGUGCAUGUGACACCAGUGCCUUUCUGUUCUCUGGUCCAACUGGUUAGGAUAUCAUCUCUCACAGUUUAUUUGAACUCUGGGUUGUUGUCUCCAUCUGCAUCUUCAGGUCCACGUGUUUGGCUGUGAAAGAACAGUAAGAUUGAAAACAAUGACUUAAUUCUGGGCAGGGGGCUGUGUGGCUCUCUGUGAUCAUUCAUUUAAAUUGCAGAUGAAUAUAGCCUAUCACUAAGUGUCUUAUCUUACCAUCAGGCAUGGUACAAUAUGAACAUUUUAUGUGCCAACUAUCUUGGCCAAUCGUGUAAUUGCAAUUACAUAAUACACGCCAAUCAUGAAAAUGUACUUUACACUUUUAAAAUGGCACUAAAACAUACUGGAAUCACUUUACCUUACAUAUUGUUAAGAAACACAUAUUUAUGGUAUCCCAGAUACAACCUCUUCUCCCUGUUCUUUAUUUUGGAUUCUGGGGAUACAACAGACAACCGAGCCUUCAGGAUGGUGACAGGAUCAGGAUUUUGGAAUGACUGGAAUGUCCCUCUUGUCCCCUUGUUCAAAAUAAAUCAGGAAAUCAAUUCAGGUCUGUGUGCUGGAGAGACAGACAGCUUUUACAGGUCGAGCCAUGAGAAGAUAUUGAUGAUUAUCACGAUAAUGGAAAUUCACCACGAUAAAGCAAUAUUGUCCCAUCCCUACUUACUAUUAGGAGUUUUCAAACUAAGAGUUUCCUAUUCUAAAAGUCCUUCUCAAAACUGCCGAGGGACACUUCUGCUAAUUAGAUUAGAUUAGAUUAAACUUGAUUAGAUUAGACUAGAUUAGAAUAUUGAAUUAGGCCUGUCGUGAUAACUAGUUUUGUCUAUAUAUUGCCAAAUAAUACAAAUAAUUGCGAUAAAUGAUAUUAUUGAAAUUUUUAGACCAUUUUGUGCCACUCAUAUAUUUAUAUAUCAAUGAGUAAUUCUCAAGAACAUUCAGAAAUUUGAAUUUAAAUAUAAAAACAUAUUAAGAUAAAUAAAACCACAUAACCAUUAGUGAUUGAAGAGAAAGAAAAUGCUCAGUGUCGUUACAGUAAAACGCUGCAGCUGCAGUAGAAAUUUCCUUGUAGCCAGAGUGCCGUGUUAGCCAGUCACAGAAGUGCAUUCUCAUCAUGCUCAGCACUCAGCCAAUCAUAUGAGUGCUUCUUUAUUUCAAAAUAAGAGCCAGAUGUGAUUCUGUCACUAUGUGACAACAAUAGUCAAAAAUCUGGAGACAGCUAGUUGGAAAUGUGGUUGUUUGGUCAAUACAUUUCAAACUCGAGUUAUUGUUUCAUUGUCACUAUUCAUAUUAAUUAAAACAAUCCUCAGCUGCCAAAUGUAAAUUGAAAGAGUUAAGAGUUUCUGUAAUCUUUCCUCUUGCUCAUAUUGGCCAUGAAGUGAAACCUUUGUGCAGUGGUUCCAAAGAAAGAGAGUAGUGCAGAUUCCACAGUCCUUGUUCUGUGUAAUGUAGUCCAAGCUGAAAUUAAGCUUCAGCAGUCUGAGUCAGUCAGAUCAAAAAUGCUUAAUGCUGUGGCAGAGGGAUACGUUGUAGUAGUUGAACGUAGGCUUGAAGACAGGACAAAACAAAGUAGAAAAUACCUACUGGAUUUGUUGGAUUUAUUUUCAGCUGAACUUAAAUGUGUUUUUGAGCAGAUGGAAGACUGCAGGGUUUUGUUCCUCAGUUCUUAAACCAAUAACUGUUUUGGGAUUUGUAUCGUUAUAAUGUUGGAUGUUGCAGGGACUGUGAUAAAUAUACAUUUUAAGAAAUUGCAAUAUAUUGCAGUAUCACAAUAUAUUGAAUUGUAACCCCUGUAUUGUAUCGUAUUGCCAUAGACUUGCCAAUACACUGCCCUACCAGCCAGUAUAGAGAAAAGGAGUAAAUUUCAAAGAACCAUAACUCUUUCAACAUACUAUAGCAUAUGUGUAUUGUAUAAAGAGAGACCCAGCACAUACUGCACACCCCACACAUAUAUAACUGUAUAUGUGAAAAGGCCUUUAGUUGGCCAGUGAAGGAGGUUACACACCAGAGUUCAAAUAAACUGCUUCAAACAGGCUUUCCUGCUCUCCUGUGGCAUACAUACACCAGACUUGACUAAAUAAAAGGGUACAAUAUAAUCAGCAUCAAAAGAUACUAUCUUUGGACAAAUGGAACUGUGCUAUACCAGGAAUAUUGUUUGUUGAUCGAGAUCCAAAUGUGAAUAAAUGUACCAGCGAGUUUAUCUGUGGAGCCAAGAUUUGUGAGGCGUAGUUUGAGUCUGCCAGGAAACAUCUGACAUCUGAUUCCGCUGCUUUACAAAGAUCACCCAUCAACAUAUGCAUAUUUGUGAUUUGUGCCUUUUGUUGUCAACAGUAGACGCACCAACACUGGAUUGUAACACAGGCGCAGAGUUUGUCUUUCUACACAUGAAGAUUCAUGUUGCACAUUGUGUUUUGGUUUUCAAAAUCUUUUGAUGGUAUUCUGUGGUUCCCUCAGGUAUCUUUGUAGCUCACUGAAGAUAUCACAAUGUGUCAAACUGCUUUAUAGAGAUAGAAGAACUAUUAACAAAGCACUCAUCAUACCUGAGUAGUAUUAUUUAUUGCCUUAGUCUUUCGUGAGUGUAAAAUAUGAAUGAGUACGCUUGGCACUACUUUAAUCUUAGCAUGGACAACACAAAUAGAUGUCAUAUUUAUCUGUUUUCCUCUGCCCAUAUUCAGGGAAGUAAAAGUGUUCAAGUAGGCUUUCUCAGAUAAUGAUCGUCAUCAUCAUCAUCAUCAUCGUCUUCAUCAAAGGAUUAUCCCAAUCUCUCUACAAUCAAAUCACGUCAACUCCAUCAGGUGUUCAGAAAUGCUUUGUAGUUAGCACCUGUGCGCAACACUAUAGACCUUUUUACAGCAGCCAUUUUGACAUGAAGUAGUCGUGGAAUUACAGUGUUACCAAUGAUACUAUUUAAGGCUCCAUUGCAUUAAGCCAACGUGUAUAACAGCAGCACCCUGACUCUGUUUGACCUGAAUGGACAGAACCUUAAAGCUGCAGUAGGUCAUUUUGAUAAAAGUAACCCUUUGUCAUUAUUGAUGAAACUUUAACUUUAUCCUGGCAGUAGCACAUGAGACAGAUCAUCUGUGAAAAAAUCAGGUUCCUCUGGCUCGUUCACUCCUAAUGGCAUUUGCAAUAAUCCACCGGGCCUGAACGAAAAACAACCAAUAAGAUGUGAGAUGUAAGAUGAUUGUUUUUUUUGGUUCAGGCCCGGUGGAUUCUUGUAAAUACCAUUAGGAGCACUAGGAGGAGCCAGAGGAACCUGAUUGUUUCACAGAUUAUCUGUGUCAUGUACUACUGUCGGGAUAUAGUGAAAGUUUCAGUUAAUAUGACACUGUACUACUGUAGCUUUAAUUAGUAUCAUCGUUAACACCGGUGUUUACCCUACUAUUUCAUGUCAAAAUGUGGAAAAAAGUCCAUCCAGGAAGUUUUGAGGUUGCGAAACAAUUAACACAAAUUGAACCGAUCCCUGUGAAUUCUACGUGACCUUGCAAUUUUGUCCAAUCACAGCAACUUUUCCACAAAUUUGGCAAAUUACUUGUUUCCUGCAACUUUCACUAAUCAUAGCAAUGUUGAACCGUACAUCACCAAACUAAUUUUAUUCUCACUGGAACAAGUUGCCUCCUAUUGUUUUGUUUUUUAUACAAAACGAUUGCAAUCUUUCUCGCUAUUUCAUGCAUACAAGUGCUAAACUAAACUAAAAACAUCGCACCAUGCAUUGCAGUUUGUUAGAAAAGCUGCAGUGAAAUCAAUAGAAGAAAAGCUUCAGCUGGAUUAUAUUGCUACUGUUUCUAGGCUUGUAGUUUUUAAUCAGCAAUUCAAAUUGAUGAAGGUGGUACCAUCCAGUUUGUUAGCAGGACAGGUUGUCAGGGUUUUCCAUGCAAGCUUCAGAGCUCCUUAUCUUACUGCUGUCUGAGGGCCUUGUUACAUUUGGGCUACCUGAAGAGGUUCUUUGAAAACAUUUUGUUUUAUGGGUCUGUCAUUUGCUAAUAAUUUCCAUGGACGUUUCUCAAAAAAAUGUGCUUUAUUUGGUACUAAUUGAAGGAAAAAUAUGGAUUUCUUUGAAAGAUAGGCUUUAUUUAAACCCAGGUAGACAUUAAAGCUCCAGUGUGUAACAUUUAGGAGGAUAUUAUAAUAUUUAUAGUUAUGUUUUCAUUAGUGUGUAAUCACCUGAAAAUAAGAAUUGUUGGGUUCUUUACCUUAGAAUGAGCCGUUUUUAUCUCGGAGGUAGUCAAGGUCCCAUUUUUGCAUGUUCAGCUGAACUGCUGUGCACUGACUACAAAAAAGACUUGAUUACACCAGAAAUAACUUUGAAUUUAAUAAUUGGAAGUGUAUAAACUGAAUGUUGUCUCUAUUCCCCUAUAAUUAAAACCAAAUACAAUAGUUCUUUGGAGGAAAUUGUCUUGGAAAUUAUUAAGAAAUUUUAGAUUUAAAGGUGCUGUAAGUGAAAUCUGCAUUUUGGCUUACUUCCUGUCCAUUCUUGCAGUCAGCAGUCCCCUUUCUCCUCCCUACGUCACCACACUGAUAUUCUGUUGCCCUUGAGGACCACCUCUAUGUGGACUCUCUCCUGAUUGGAUAAAGUGGGAACAGGAUACUAGAAAAUGUAUUCUCUGUUUACUGCAGAAAGUAGGGACCAGUACAGCCCUGUUACUGACUGAACACUGUAUAUCAGUGACAGCUGUCAGAAUGUAAAGCUAUAUAACACUUAUUUUAACAAAAAGAUAACGCUAACAGCACCUUUUAAUGAAACAUCUUCAAGAGUUCAGAACAUUUGAUCAGUCCACACAAAAUGUGAACUCCACACAUUGGUUGAUGAAUAUGAUUGGUUGUCACAUCUGUGGUUUGAUAGUAUGAACACAGUAGACUACGUAUCAGCGUAAAAACACGUAAUAAAAACAUUUAUAUACUUCACAUAAAUGCAAUCAUUUGAGCCCAUGGUGUUGAUGUUGAUGUUGAUGUUAAUGUGUGGUGAAAGCAUUGUUCUGAGCCUUGCUGUUGCAUUAUCCAGUCCCUCCAGGAAGUUAUGAUGUUGUGAUCGCAACAAAUAACGCAUAUUCCACUAAGACUUGUGAAUUCUAAGCAAUCUUGCAAUUUUGUCUGAUUGUCAUUGCAACUUUACGCAAAUUUGAACAGUAACUGUAGUUUACACAAGUUCCACUAAUUGUAGCAGUCCCCGCACAAAACGUUGAGACAUAUAUCACCAAACUACGAGCGAUUUUAUUAUCACUGGAACACGUCUUCAAUUUCAUACAAAAAAUUACAACCUUUUUGCAAUUUUUACUUUUUCCAGCAGUUUCAUUAAAUUCCUAAAAACCUUGCAACAUGCAUUGCAUUUAAAAAAAAAAAAAAAGCUGAAAUCAGGCAUUUUAGGCCGCAAAAAUCCCCUCCAAAAGCCCAUGAAAUCCUGGAGGGACUGAUUAUGACUUGACUGCUUUUCCAAAGUAAAUGCAUAAAGAGAAAGUGUUCUUCUGUGUAAACCAUUGCCAUAUAAAAAAUGGACAUUGUGUCUGCACUUCCUCCCUCUGUACUAAAGUGAAGCCAAAAUAUCUUGGAUACUGCCACUGCCACCUUUUGCCAUUUGGAGCCAGAGUCCGACAGUGGAGAUCGGGGUUGGCGCUGCAGUAUCGCCGUCCCACCCAUACACUAGGUCAACUCAGUCGCAAACAGGGCUCAGCUGUCAAUCAUGAGUUGAAAACCCUCAUUUUAUAUCUUCAAAUAACUAAUUAAACCCAAAAUUUUCAGACAAAUGAACACUUGAACAAACAUCAGCGUGAUAAGAACUACCUAACAUGGAGACAGCAGGCUUCAUCUAUACUGCUGUCAGCCACCAGAGGGCGAUACAGAUGUUUUGGCUUAACUAUCGGAAGGCUGUCAUGUUGUCCAUUUUUCUAUAUGAUUGUGUAGACUCACAAGUGUCUUUUGUGUUUACAACAAUAGCACACUUCCUGUAUGUGAUGGUGAUGAUGUACAGUGGAUGUGUCUGAGAACAAACCUGCAGUAACCCCAGGGACAAAACCUGGUGCAGACUCUAGUGCUUUGGGAACCACAUCUCAAAAGCUCUGAAAGAAAAUAAUUUUAACUCAAGGUCCGCUGACUAGCUCUUUGGCUUUUGGCUUUUCAGACAAGUCUCUUAAAGCUGCAGUAGAUAACUAAAAAUUGCUUUUUGUUGUAUUUUCUGAAACUUUCUCUAUAUCCUGACAGUAGAACAUGAGACAGAUAAUCUGUGAAACAAUCAGGUUCCUCUGGCUCCUCCUAGUGCUCCUAAUGGGAUUUACAAGAAUCCACCGGGCCUGAACGAAAACAACCAAUCAGAGCAAAGAGAGAUAAAAAGAUGUCAUAAUGACGUGAAUUUGAUUGACUGAAUUUCCACUCAAAGCUUCACUACACAGUUCUGCACCUCGCUGUAGGUUCCUCACAUACUGUAAAGAUCCGGACCAGUACCCAUUACAUAGGGCUUGUCUUUCUUUAAGAAUGUUGCAUUCUGGGUAGGAUGUAGACAGUAUUCGCUGUGUGAUGUAACUUCGGUAUUGAUGUGGGGUAGAGGUUACACAGCAAGCUCUGUUUCUGUGGGCGUCUUUGUUAUUUGCUUUAUUUUCCUGAGAAAAGAAACGCAUCUCCCACCUGCUUUAUUCUAAACACAAAUCAGAAAAUUCUUGCCAAUGAAAGUAAUGAUCCGCUGUAAGUUUUGAUUAACUAACACUCCAGAGACAGACAGAGAACUGGAUUAAAGCUGCAGCAGGUAACUUUUAUAAAAAUAACUUUUUACAUAUUUGCUGAAACUUUCACUAAAUCCUGACAGUAGAACAUGUACCAGUGUCAGGAUAUUGUGAAAUAAAGUUACCCACUGCAGCUUUAAAUCUUUUUCUUGCACAUGUUGAAAAAAAGCAGUUAAGAAGUUAAAAUGCCAGUCAGGCUGUGUUAGAAAAAGACAAAUCCUAUUUUAAAAUAAUCAUUUAAAAAUCAAAAGAGGUUUGGGUUAAAUAUCCAAACAUUUAAUCAAUUUAUUUUUAUAUCACAAUAUAAAUUAGCAGAAACAUUUCAUCCAUACUAAAACCACUGAUGAUCCAUUGAUCACCCCAGUCUGCAUAAUGUGCAUUUUGUUAAGCGACACUAACAGAAAAAUAUACACAUCAUCCCAUUCAUAAAAGAUGUUUAUUCUGACACUUCAAUACAAACAAUAUGUACUAAAGAACUGAAUUUGGCUACGUUAGAAUAUUGUUAUUUUUAAUUUGUAGUUCUUUUGUUGUAAAGAUGUGCUGCUCUUGUAAUGUUGACUGUAUAUUCAAAUAAAAAUAAAGAAAUGGCAUUGUCAUAUUUAUACAAA